CUCCUCCAGGUCAUCGUCGACCACAGCCUUAUCACUACCUUUGCACUUGUGCGUUUGUUCGGUCCACUCGUUGGAGAAGGGAGGAAGCACAUCCGGUCGCUUUGUUCUACACCCCUAUUUUUACCACCUUCGCUUUGAUUCGGUGGCGACCAGGAAAAACUGUGGAAGGAAACACCCCGGCCUGAACGUCUGGCCACGGCAUCAUCGACCCGGCGCGUCGCUGUCCAUCGAUAUACAGGACCUGCUUGUAGCGCCACAUUCGCUCGCUGUGCUCGGCACUCCUCUUGACCUCCAAUAUAAUCUGCUUCAUAGCCAUCGCAUUUGCGACGACCCCGACAGCGUGAACGCGCGACCAUGAAGUCCACCUUCACCUCCGCCGCCGCCGCUAUCCUGGCCUUUCUUUCGGCUGCUAGCGCGGCAAGCAGUGCGCCGACUUGCAGUCCCAGCAAGCAAUGCCCAUCUGAUGCACCUUGCUGCUCCCAGUACGGCCAAUGUGGUGUAGGAGCCUACUGUCUGGGCGGAUGCGACCCGAAAUCGUCCUUCAACCUCCAGUCCUGCAUGCCGUCGAACACUUGCAAGAGCCAGGACUACAAGCUCACAUCUCUCAAUGAUGUAGCGAAGAAUACCGUAUACCUUGGCGAUGCUAGCAAGGCAAAUUGGGUCAGCUCUGGAACACCGGUGGCAUACAACGGCGACUCUCUACUGCUCACCAUGGCACAAGGCACAGUCGGCACUUUGCUUUCAAGCACGCACUACGUCUGGUAUGGAAAGGUCUGCGCGAGCAUGACAACCAGUCAGGGCAAGGGUGUUGUUACUGCUUUCAUCUUGAUGAGCGACAUGAAGGACGAAAUCGAUUUCGAGUUUGUUGGUGUUGAUCUCCAGCAUGCUCAGAGCAAUUACUACUACCAGGGAAUCACUGACUACCACAACAUGGAUUCGCUUUCCGCGUCAGACACCCGCAAGAAUGUCCACCAGUACUGCAUCGAUUGGAAGCCAGAUACCGUUACCUGGUCCAUUGAUGGCAAUGACAUGCGCACCUUGAAGAAGUCUGACACAUGGAACAGCACUACCAGCAGCUACCACUACCCGCAGACUCCCGCUCGCAUUCAGCUCUCUCUUUGGCCAGCUGGUUUGUCGACCAACGGCGAGGGAACGAUCGAGUGGGCCGGUGGUCUUGUCGACUGGAACAGCCCAUACAUGCAGAAUGGAUACUACUAUGCUAUGGUCAACGAUGUCUCCGUGGAGUGCUACGACCCGCCGAGUGGAUUCUCCAACGACUUCGGUGAUAAGUCAUACUACUACACGAGCAUCGAAGGGAACAACAACACAGUCGCCAUUGGCAACAACAACACAAUCCUGAGCUCGUUUAUGGCCAGCGGCAAUAACCCAACCUACGGCGCCCAGGCAAGUGGUACCAGCAGCUCGGCCUCAUCGGCUCCCACAAUGAGCAACACACCUGAAACGGUGCCGGGUAUGAGCGGUGGCGGAAAUGUCGCCUCUUCCGGUAAAGCACCCACUGAAUCCGACAGUGGCUCUGCUUCCGGCACUGACUCUGGCUCAAGCAGUCAGAGCAGCGGAUCAUCCACCAGCGGGGGCUUCUCUCAAGGCGGCUCCUCCUCUGACACAUCACAAGCACCCAAGAUCUUUGCAGGCAGCGCCGUCGCUCUGAUUGGUUUCUUUGUUGCAGCAUUGAUGUUAUAAGCAAUACUUUAUGAAUUUGUUUCGGCGCAAAAGCGUAGCGAGGUCCAAGGUAAUGCCUUACAUGGCUUCCACUCCCUUCGGGACAGAAUACUGCGGGCUUUUGGGAAAAUGUGUACAGAACCGGCCCUUGGAUGUUUAUGAAAGCGGAUCAGGAUAACCUCUCAUUCUCUGUUUAUGAUUGAGUACAACAUACGAGAAAGCAUGUUUGCUAGUUAAUAGCGCGCAAGUUAAUGUCGAAUGAAUGCAUUAAAAUG